AUGCGGUCAUCUCACCGCAGAAGCAAAAUCGAACUUGCGGAAAGGGAUACGCAGAAACGGAAGUGGGCAGCUGGGGAUGACUGUAGAAGUGGAACAUUUGUGCACCUGCGGAACUGCAGAAGCGGUCAAGUGACCGUAGAAUACUUGGAGUGCAAAUUCAGUGAUGGGACCCAUGAUGCAGAUAUAGAGGUUAAGCUUGAUGCUCAAGUUAUCCCCAAGAGAGCGAGUUAUAAGUAUAUCGGCUCUAUUAUCCAGGGUAACGGGGAGAUUGAUGAAGAUGUCGCACAUCACAUCGGAGCGGGAUGGAUGAAGUGGAGGUUUGCUUCCGGUAUUUUGUGUGAUAAGAAUGUGCCGCUAAGACUUAAGGGUAAGUUUUAUCGAGUGGUGGUUCAACCGGCUAUGUUGUAUGGGGCUGAGUGUUGGCCUGUCAAGAACUCCCACCUGCAGAAGAUGAGAGUAGCAGAGAUGAGGAUGUUGAGAUGGAUGUGUGGGUAUACCAGGAGAGAUAGGAUUAAGAAUAAAGCUAUCCGGGACAGAGUGGGAGUAGCCUCCGUAGAGAACAAGAUGUGGGAGUCGAGGCUGAGAUGGUUCGGACAUGUUAAGAGAAGAAGAAUUGAUGCUCCUGUCAUGAGGUGUGAGAGGUUGGCCAUGGAGACCUCACUACCUGCAUUAGGUAGGGGUAAGGUCUGCGUACAGACUAUCCUCCCCAGACCCCACCUGUUGGGAUCAAAC